CGGGAAGUCGCCUGGGUUGAGAGGGGACGCGAUCGGUACCAGGGAGGUGAUGCUAGUUGUGCUUGGUGUGCCAGAAAUCGAGACGUGAUUGUCCGACUCCCAAGUUCGACCAAGUCCGGCUGGACACAAGACCACAACAUAGUCGAAUUAUAGGUAGAGCGCUGCCAGCCGCCGCCGCCACCGCCGCCAUCGCCAUGAACUGCCUGGACGUGGAUGACAAGACGGAGCUGGACCACGAACGGCAGCGGUACCCGUUCUCAGUGGUCUGGACGCCAAUCCCUGUGCUCACCUGGCUCUUCCCCAUCAUCGGCCACAUGGGCAUCGCCACGUCGGCGGGCGUGAUCCGCGACUUCGCUGGCCCCUAUUUCGUCGGCGAGGACAACAUGGCGUUCGGCAAGCCGACCAAAUACUGGCGGCUGGAGCCUCAGCGCGCGGCCGGCGGCGUGUCCGGCUGGGACCGCGCCGUCGCCGAGGCGUCCGAGCUCUACUCGCACCGCAUGCACAACCUCUUCUGCGACAACUGUCACUCGCACACGGCGCGCGCGCUCAACCUCAUGGCGUACGACGGCAGCAUCAGCUGGAACAUGGUCAAGCUGGCCUUUCUCAUGCUGGUGCACGGCCGCUACACGGGCGUGUGCGGCUUCCUCAAGACGUGGGUGCCGUUCCUGAUGCUGGGCGGCGCCAUCGUCGUCUUUCUCUGGGUGACGCACGUGUUCUAGUGGCCGGUGCGGUGAACAGCACCACGCUGUAGAGAUGUGUUUGGUCUGGCGGGGUGCGGGAGCCGCGGCCAGUGCGUGGAGGAGGGAGCGGCCGCGCCCUGAGAGAGCGGCGCCAGCGCCCGUACAGACUGCUCCCCAGCCGCAAAGCGAAAAGCGGGAUCGAUCUGUGGCGAGCAUUAAGCGUAAGCUGGAUUGCUUUCGUUGUGUGGACGUUGUGCUUAAGUUGCGUGGCACGCGGCAGCACCUAAUCUGGAGGCACAGUGCUGUGCCUAAGUCGGUCGAUGGCGGCCUGAUGUAUGUAGCGAGUUGGUUGCAAGCGGCUCGUAACGGACGGCCUGGUGAUCCAUGCACAGGCGCUCGCUGACCUUUCACCCGCCAUACGGGAUUAGAGGCCUUCCUGCGACUCCCUGCGAGGGCCUUCCGCAGGUCGUACGACAGACUGCGCCCGGCCCUCCGCGGGUCGCACGACAGACUGCGCCCGGCCUUUCGCAAAUCGCACGACAGACUGCGCCCGGCCUUCCGCAGGUCGUACGACAGACUGCGCCCGGCCUUCCGCAGGUCGUACGGCAUACUGCGCCAGGCAUUCCGUGAUAUUGUUUUGGAGUGCGGUUGGCGUUGUAAAUACUCGUACAUCAUGCCAUUCCCAUUUGCUGUUCUAAAUGCGCGAGUAUCUACCAUAUAUGUAGCCGUAAUUCAGAUGUGGUAGGGAGGGGGGAGAUUAAGGGAGUAUGUGGCCCCAAAAAUGGCGUUUUGGAUGGAAAGUUGGAAACGCGACUAUCUUGCGACGAAUGUGAAAACAGCAGGUCAUUUUGGCAAAAAUGCGGGGUUUGUCUGACGCAUCUCCCCCGUUCCCACCCCUCCGCUACUGCUUACACCUAUGGUUACAGCUGUUUAAAUUUGCAACUGUAGCACAAUCGGCCGCGUAACUUAUUGUCAGUGGCAUUGCAGAACACUGCGGGCUGCUCGACAAAACAUGACCUUUGUUGGCCGACGCCCAGUCUCAGAGAAGUGCCGUUGCUCGUCGUUAGCGGUUUGGUGUCAUUGGGUUGCACCGCCUGACGUAGGGGCCGUAAGCACAUGUACUGCAUACGCUGUCUGGAUCGUUGAGCGACAAAUACGGGAGUGACAAAUACGAAUACAAAUAAUACGGGCGUGA